AAUUGAAUUACAGCUCGUGAAUAAGAUAAUGUACAUAAAUGCUGGAAAUUACAUUAGGAUAGUUAUUCUGCAGACGUAAUUGCACCACGGCACAGGAAUCUAAAAAGGUAGUAUGUGGUGUAAUUGGUUGAUUUGAAAUAAGAAAGUUAUUUGUGGCAUUUCCACCAGCCCACUCCAAUUCCAGCCACUCCUCCUGGCUGGCGGCUGUGUCACUAUGGCAACGACCACGCGCUGCUCCAGGCUCAGUUCUCCGGCGGUUACCGAACUGGGCCGCCCCACUCUGGGCAGACCGGCGACUCUACGCGCGUCCCACCCACCUUGUCUCGGGUCGCUCUCCUCCGGCCGGAGGGCUAGGAGCUCCGGCGGCAGCAUGGCCAAGGCGACAGCCUCUUCGCCGCUGGAGGACUUGGACCUGAGCGGAGAGGAGGUCCAGCGGCUCACCUCAGCCUUUCAGGACCCGGAGUUCCGGCGAAUGUUCACCCAGUACGCCGAGGAGCUCACGGACCCGGAGAACCGACGGCGCUACGAAGAGGAGAUCACCGCGCUGGAGCGUGAGCGCGGAGUGGACGUGCGGUUCGUGCACCCGCAGCCGGGUCACGUACUGCGCACCAGCCUCGACGGGGCGCGUCGCUGCUUCGUGAACGUGUGCAGCAACGCGCUGGUGGGCGCGCCCAGCAGCCAACCCGGCCCCAGGGGCGCGGCGGCCGGCAGCCAGUGGUCCCUGCCCUACAGCCUGGCUCCCGGCCGCGAGUACGCGGGGGGCCGAGGCACCCGCUACACGGUCUACGACGUGGUCUUCCACCCAGAAGCGCUCGCGCUGGCCAGGCGCCACGAGCGCUUCCGCCAGAUGCUGGACGCCACGGCACUGGAGGCCAUCGAGAAGCAGUUCGGCGUGAAGCUGGACCACAGGAAUGCCAAGACCCUGAAGAUCAAGUACAAGGGGACCCCGGAGGCCGCCGUGCUGCGCACACCCCUCCCCGGGGGCGUACCGGCCCGGCCUGAGGGGGAGCCGGAGAGCCCUCUCCCUGAUUUCCCCUACCCCUACCGGUGCCCGGCGGUGGCCGGGAACUCAGUGGUCCCGCGACCCCUGGCGCCCUCCCCUCCGGAGGCGGUCCUUGAGCCCGCCCCCACCGAGCCUCGUUACAGCGUGGUGCAGCGCCACCACGUGGACCUCCAGGAUUACCGCUGCUCCCGGGACUCGGCCCCCAGCCCGGUGCCCCGGGAGCUUGUGGUCACCAUCGAGCUGCCGCUGUUGCGCUCGGCUGAGCAGGCGGCGCUGGAGGUGACGGGAAAGCGGCUGUGCCUCGACUCAAGGAAACCCGACUACCGGCUGCGGCUCUCGCUCCCGUACCCGGUGGACGACAGCCGCGGCAAGGCGCAGUUCAACAAGGCCCGGCGACAGCUGGUGGUCACGCUGCCCGUGGCGCUGCCCCCUGCGCGCCAGGAACCUGCCGUGGCGCCGGAAGAGUCCGUCUACACGUCCGGAACUGACGGCGCGGCCUGCGCUUCCGCUCGCGAGGGGGAGGUGGGCCCGGCAGGGGGUUGUGCCGGGAACGGUGGGCCGGAUCUCGGGGCUGCGGACGCCUUGAUCACCACGCCCGCCGCCGCUGCGGAGCAGCUCGUCUUCGAGCCCGACGAGCGGGACUUGGACGAGCAAGCGGUGUGCACAACGGGCAUCGAAGAGGAGCCGCCCUCGGUAGCGGAGAACUCACCUGAGGACAGUGGAGGAGUCUCCCCUGGUACUUCAUCUGGGGGUCUUGACAGAGAGUCUGCUGCAGGAAGAGGGAGUGCGCGUGGAGAUCUCGGAGCUGAGACUCGAGUGCUCGGGGAAGGCGCGGGCCGGGAGCCCUCCGAUCGAGCCAUGGGUGGUCCCGGGACCGGCGGCAAGGAACCGUUGUGUCCUCCUUUGCAGUGUAAUCAGGAUGAAGAAUCCCUGACUCUGUUGAUUCAAGUGCCUCAGAUCCAACCGCAAAGUCUUCAAGGGGAUGUGAGUCCCUUCGGGUACAAACUGGGCUUCUCCACCCAAGGCUUAGUUUACUAUUCCUUCUUUUUGCAAUUUGCUCCGGAGAAUAAACUGAGCACCAAAGAACCAGUGGCUAGUAUUUCUUCGAACAAUGCAGUGAUAGAACUGGCCAAAUCUCCAGAAUGCCAUGGACAUUGGAGAGAAUGGUAUUAUGGUUUAAACAAGGAUUCUUUGCAGGAAAGGCUGUUUGUCAAUGAAGAAAAUGUUGAUGAGGUUCUUGAAGAAGUCCUGAGUCCUCCACUUAAUCAGACAAUGUCCUUAACCCCACCAUUAAUUGAAGUUCUUCAGGUUACUGAUAGUAAGGUUCAAAUUCAUGCAAAGUUGCAAGAAUGUAGUAACUCUGAAAAGCUUCAUGAAAAGGAAGAAAAAGGCAAUGAAGGAAGUCAUCUAACUGAAAAAGAAAAUAUAGAAUAUCCUACUACCUCAACAACUGAUUCUGAUUCAUCUCUAGAAGUUAAAGUACUAGAGACAGACAGUUGUGGUUCAGUUGCGUGCCUACGAGGGGCUCCUGAUGUUUCACACUUGCUAUUUGAAAAGUCUCAGCAACCUGAGUCAAAAAUGGAACCUGAAUUUAUAAAAGAAAAAAGUCCUGCUUACUCAAAUGAGGAAAAAGAGGACUUAGAAGAGCCAGUGAUAACAGAAGAGAAAGAAUCGGAUGGAGAUGACCUAUCUUCAUUACUAAACAGAGCUUCAGUUCACAAUUUAUCUGGUCUUAACAACGUAAAAGAAACCAAUAUGCAGGACGGUAGUGUGCAGUUUAUUAAAGAUCAUGUGACUCAAUGCGCAUUCAGUUUUCAUAAUUCUCUGCUAUAUGACUUGGACUGAUUCUGUAUAAUUUUAGAGUUUAUAAGAGUAAAAAGUGUUUGGUUUUAAAACAUUAUCUUUCUGUUAACUACUAUCUUAAAGUACUCAAGAAAGUAUAAAAUUAAAAUUUGCAGUUUUGAGUCUCAUGGGGAAACUGGAGAUUGUUUUUUUGUAUGUAGAGUUUAUACAGUUUCCUUAAUUAUGGAGACUUUUGUGAUUGCUCUGAUAGAUAUAUUUUUUUCUAAUGGCGAGUUAAUCAUUUAGUUUUAAAACAACCUGUAUAUAUUUGCUUGUUUUUGGCUUCUUUUGUUUACCAUUACUUUAAUAAAGUUUCAAAGUAAAUAUUCACUAA